AUGACAGAUCAAAUAAAUAAGGUUCCGAGUCACAUUAAUUUUUGGGAUGAUAUUCCACUGGAAACUACCAACUCUAAUAAAGAGGCACCCUCUAAGCUCCCAACAGCAAUAACGGGGUCUUUGACAUUUGAGCAAAUGAAUGCCUAUGAAGCAUACUUUCGAAUCGAAGAAAUAACGGAACUUUUGAGAAAAGACACAUUAUCCUUACCAAAAUGGUUUACCAGAAUGCCUAGUCCAAAUCCUGUGUACGAUGCAGAAGGUAAAAGAACUAACACUGAUGAGCAAAGAUAUAGAAAAAGUUUGGAAGAUGAAAGGUAUAGAUUGGUAGAAAUUGCGCUGAAAAUGAUACCGUUUUAUGUACCACCACAGGAUUAUGUUAGACCAACUAAGUUCCAAGAAAAAUAUUACAUUCCUGUGGAUCAGUAUAGUGGUAUUAAUUUUGUAGGUUUAUUAUUAGGACCUCGUGGUAACACAUUAAAGAAGUUACAAGAAGGAUCGAAAUGUAAGAUUGCAAUAAGAGGUAGAGGCUCCGUUAAGGAGGGUAAGCAUUCUAGUGAUUUACCAAAGGGAGCGACAAAUAUGGAAGAUCCGUUACAUUGCCUUAUCAUAGCGGAUUCAGAGGAGAAAGUUCAAGAUGGUAUUAAAGCAUGUCAAGCUAUCAUUAUUAGAGCUGUGACGUCGCCAGAAGGUCAAAACGAUUUGAAGAGGGGUCAAUUAAGGGAACUAGCUGAGUUGAAUGGUACUUUGCGAGAAGAUGAUAGACCUUGUUCGGUAUGUGGUCUUAAGGGUCACAUGAAGUAUGAUUGUCCAAAUAGAGUUUCUUUUGCUCAACAAGUCAUAUGUAAUAAUUGUGGUCAACCAGGACACACCACAAGGGAUUGUCCCUCAUAUUCUAAUCCAUAUAAUACUCAAUCAAAGCCCAAUAUUGGUAACGGCGUGUUGAAUAAUUCAUUCCAGGAGCCAAAUAAUAAUGAAGGUAAUAUUCGUCCGGGAAAUUCCAGAUAUAGUACAACAAUCCAAGGUAAUGUUGGUCAGUUUAACCGUGGAACAUCAUAUCAAUCUAGAUUUAGUAAUAAUAAUAAUAAUAAUAAUAAUAAUAAUGGAGGGUCUCGCUACAGUCGAUAUUCUGAUAACAACAAUGGGCAACAGCUGCCUAACACCAGGUUUUCUUAUGAAGAAUCUAAUGCUGUAAAUACUGCACCACAACGAAACCUACAAAGCACAGCAAGUUCUAAUCAUGUCAACGCUUUUAACAUAAAAGCACCUCCUAUGGUAUACCAAUCCAAUAACCUUCCUCCUGGAUUUGAAGGGAAUGUUACGGUACCUGGUUUAGACUCUUACAAUGAACCACCGAGCUUAAACCCAACAACUGCUCCACCUGGAUUGGACUCCGUGUCAAAUGCGCCUCCUGGGUUAGAUUCUGUUUCAAAUGUGCCGCCUGGGUUAGAUUCUGUGCCAAAUGCACCACCUGGAUUGGAUUCUUUACAACAUAAUUUGAAUUUACCUCCAGGAUUCUCGAGUAAUGGACAAAAAAAUAUAGGAGAAGAACCUUCAGAAUUAUCAGGCCCACCAGGUUUAUGA